AUGAAUGGUCAUGCGGUAAAUGCGGCGGAACAACGUCGAACGGUCCAUCACCAUGCCGACAUCGUGAUCGUGGGCGCCGGCGUCCUGGGCUGUGCCUUGGCCGUCACGCUGGCGCGACAGGGUCGCAGUGUUCUCCUGCUGGAGAGUUCGAUGAAGGAACCCGACCGGAUCGUGGGCGAAUUGUUGCAACCGGGCGGCGUGCGGGCCCUCAAACAGCUGGGCCUCGCCGACUGUCUGGAGGACAUUGACGCCAUCCCCUGCGACGGCUACCACGUCUCGUAUUUCGGCCAGCCGGUGCACAUUCCCUACCCGGUCCUGACCCCCGACACGCCGCGCCCCCAGGGCCGAUCCUUCCACCACGGUCGGUUCGUCAUGAAGCUGCGCGCCGCCGUGCUGGCCUGCCCCAACAUCACCGUCGUCGAGUCCAAGGCCACCGACCUGGUCGUCAGCUCCCACACCAAGCAGGUCCUUGGCGUGGAGUGCGUGACCAAGGACCUGCGGGACUGCUACUUCGGCCACCUCACCGUCGUCGCCGACGGCUACGCCUCCAAGUUCCGCAAGCAGUACCACCCGCACGCGCCCAAGGUGCGGUCGCGCUUCUGGGGGCUCGAGAUGAUCGACGCCGUGCUGCCCCAGCCCCGCCACGGCCACGUGCUGCUCAGCGACAACGCCCCCGUCCUCGUCUACCAGAUCGGCACCCACGAGACCCGCAUCCUGGUCGACGUCCCGGAGAACCUGCCGUCCGCCUCGGUGCAGAACGGCGGCAUCAAGGCCCAUCUGCGCAACGUCGUGCUGCCCUCGCUGCCCGAGUGCGUGCAGCCGGCCUUCCAGGCCGCCCUGGAGAAGGGGCCGCUGCGGUCGAUGCCCAACUCCUUCCUGCCGUCCACGCCGAACAAGACCCCGGGUUUGAUGAUCCUGGGCGAUGCUCUGAAUAUGCGUCACCCGCUCACGGGUGGCGGCAUGACCGUCGCGCUUAACGACGUGAUCAUCAUCCGCGACCUGCUCAGUCCGGAGGCGGUUCCGCGGUUGACCGAUACGGAUCGGGUGUUGAAGCAGCUGUCGGUGUUUCACUGGCGACGCAAGCAGGGGUCGUCUGUGAUCAACAUUCUGGCUCAAGCGUUGUACGCAUUAUUUGCCGCUGACG